AUGCCCGUCCCCUUCGCUCCGCCCGUCGCCUUCACUUCUCCCCCGUCGCCUUCACUCCCCCCCCUCUUCCGUUGCCUUCAUUUCCCCCUCCCGUCGCCUUCACUUCCCCCUCACGUCGCCUUCACUUCCCCCUCCCGUCGCCUUCAAUUCCCCCUCCCGUCGCCUUCAUUUCCCCCUCCCGUCGCCUUCAUUUCCCCCUCCCGUCGCCUUCAUUUCCCCCUCCCGUCGCCUUCAUUUCCCCCUCCCGUCGCCUUCACUUCCCCCUCCCGUCGCCUUCACUUCCCCCUCCCGUCACACUCGCUUCCCCACCCCUCACCUUCACUUCCCCUCCCAUUGCCUUUAACUCUCUCCUGCUCAAUCUCUUUCCCCCUGCUCACUCUCUUCCCCCCUGCUCACUCUCUUUCCCCCUGCUCACUCUCUUCCCCCCUGCUCACUCUCUUCCCCCCUGCUCACUCGCUUCUCCCCUCCUCAAUCUCUUCCCCCCUGCUCACUCUCUUCCCACUCUCUUCCCCCGUGCUCACUCUCUUCCCCCCUGCUCACUCUCUUCCCCCCUGCUCACUCUCUUCCCCCAUGCUCACUCGCUUCCCCCCUCCUCAAUCUCUUUCCCCCUGCUCACUCGCUUCCCCCCUCCUCAUUCUCUUUCCCUCUGCUCACUCCCCUUGUUCUAACCCCACUUUCCCCAUUUCUCACCCAUUUUCCCCCUUCACGCUCUCUUACCCCCUCUGCUCGCCCCUGUUUUCCCAACUCACGCCUAUACUCACUCUCUCCCCCCCUGCUCACUCUCUUCCCCCCCUGCUCACUCUCUUUCCCCUUGCUCACUCUCUUUCCCCCCUUCUCACUCUCUUUCCCCCUUCACGCUCUCUUUCCCUCCCUUCUGCCCGUUGCCCCCCUUCGUCUCGCGCUCGUCCCCUCGCAAUCCCCGACUCUCUCUCCCCCCGUCGCCCUCGUUUUCCCCGUCGCCCUCCCUUCCACUCCUCGUUGCCCUCGCCAUCCCUCCCUUCUCCCUUCCCAUCUCGCACACUUGUCACGCCCCCUUUCCAACCCGCACAUACACCCUUCCCUUCUUCCCUGUUUCCUCGUAUCCCCUGCGCUGCUUCCCCCCAUCCUCCGACUUGCUCCCCCCAUCCCUUUCCCUGCUUCCCCCCAACCCCUUCCCUGCUCCCCCCCAUCCCCUUCCCUGCUUUCCCCCUUCCCCUUCCCUGCUUCCCCCCGUCCCCUUCCCUCCUUCCCCCGUCCCCCUCCCAGCAUCCCCCCAUCCGCUUCCCUGCUCACCCCCAUCCCCUUCCCUGCUCCCCCCCAUCCCCUUCCCUGCUUCCCCCUAUCUCCUUUCCUGCUUCCCCCUAUCGCCUUCCCUGCUCACCCCUACUCCCUCUAUUUCACCCUUGCUCCCUCCCCUUCUUCUCUGCUCACUCUCUUCCCCCUUGCUCACUCUCUUUACUUCUGCUCACUCUGUUCCCCCCUGCUUCCUCUCUUCCCCUCUGUUCAAUCUGUCCCCCGCUGCUUCUUCUCUUCCCCUCUGCUCAUUCCGUCUACU